AUGCCAAUAUUGUUUCUAUUCGUUCUCGUCCCAAAUUUGGCGAUCGCCGCCGACGUGUUGGUGUUCGCCGAGGUGCUGUUUCGGCAUGGCGCACGUGCACCAUCGGCCGCCUUCACCAACGCCACCUACGCGCAACACUUCCCGCGCGGUCUCGGCGAGUUGACCGAUAGAGGCUUCGAGAAUUCGCAUCGAUUGGGUCGAUUGUUGGCGAAACGCUACGUUUCAACGGGAUUUCUCGACGCGAAAAUGGUCUCGAAGCAGAUGUACUGGCGAUCGGUGAAUUUGGCGCGAUGUUUGAGCAGCGCCGCCACCGUCGGCGCCGCCAUGUUUCGAGAUUACGGUCGCCAUUUACACGUGCCGGUCAACACCCAAGAGACCGGCGAGCAUUUGUUGAACUACGACAUGAAUCAAUGUUGGCGCGAGACGGAGAUCACACGCGAGACGUGUCCCGAUUAUGGGAAGCCCGACGAUUUCAAAACGUGGCCCGAUUAUGAGGAGUUCGUCUAUAAAUGCUUGAAUUUGUCCUCCGACAUUUUGAGCAAUUAUCGAUUUCGCGAUGUUGAGGCACACAUCAAUGAGUAUAAGAAUGGAUUGCCGCUUCCCGAUGAUCUUGCUGACAAUGCUGACGAGCUGGAGGCGAUUUUUACACGGAUAAAUCAUUUCACCAUCGGCGCCGGCUAUUAUCACGAUCAUCGUAAACUGCGCCUAAAAUUCGGCCAACUAAUGCGAGUUUUAUUAUCGGAUUUGGAAAACGCGUGGGACUGCCAUCGAAAUCGCAAAAAUUGCGUUGUUCAACCGAAUUUCAAAGCCUACUCGACGCAAGAUUGGGUGAUUUUGGGCGUUUUGGACUCGUUUGGCGCACUCGAAACGACGCUUGGCAUGCGAAAAAUGCCCAAUUAUAAUUCGAUGAUUAUGAUUGAGCUUUGGGAUAAUGAGGGACAAGGAGAAGUUCGGUUGCUCUACAAACCCGACGAGAUCGACGAGACGCUCGUGGAGGGCGCGGCGCGCAAUUGCGCCGCCGACGCGUCGCGAUGUCCCAUCGAGAAUUUCGUCAAGUGUUGCGACGAUUACACGGAGCACAAAAUCGGCGAGUAUUGCGAGCCGUUGAGCGUCGGCGAGUUCACGCGCGACGAGAUCGCGGCGAGACGCCGACGAACAAGAUACGCGGGACCAUAA